GGUUCUCCUCAGUCUUUAUCAUUUGCUCUAUCGCUCUCUCUUUCUAGCUGCAGUAGCUGUGUUUUUGGGAUCGAGAAGAUGACAUCUGGAGACGGGGAAGAAGGUUGCAGGGAGCCGGAAGUAGUUUCCGUCGAGCUUCCGGCGCCUUUGGGUUGGAAGAAAACGUUUACACCUAAGAAAAGUGGAAGAUCCAAGGAAAAUGAAAUUGCUUUCACUGCACCUACUGGAGAAGAAAUCAUCAGCAGAAAACAACUGGAACAAUACCUUAAAUCCCAUUCCGGAGCGCCUGCUUUACACGAAUUCGAUUGGAGCACAAGCGGCGAGACGCCUAGAAGAUCCGCACGAAUCAGUGAAAAGGCGAAGGCAGUUUCUCCACCAGAACCUCAACCCAGGAAAAAACGUUCCAGGCGACCAUCAUCAGCAUCUACUAAGAAUAAUGCAAACAUUGAAGCUGCUCCCGAAGACAUUCCAGAUCACAAAGAUGAGGAAAAACACAAUGUGGAGAUUCAUGAGGCUAAAAUCACUGAAGAUGCACAAGUGGCUGAAGGCGCUCCUGCAGACGAUGCAAUAACAACGCAGGAUAAUGUGGCAGUCUCUGAAGAAGCUGAGAAGAAAGGUAGUGAAGAGAAUAAUCAUGAAGGAAACAUUGUAAACUUGUUUGAUGAGCGUCAAGCCGUCACUGAAAAUGAAAAACUGCCUCGAAACGUCACCGAGGAAAGCAGAGAGGAAAAGGAUGAGCAGCAGAACUUCAGGCAGCCUGUUCGAAUCGAAGCGCAGCAACAUCUGGCUCCUACUUUGAGCUGCUGAGAUGUAUUCAUAGAUGGCAGGAUGGAAUGAAUUAGCUGUAGGUGAAGAGCUAUCGUUGGUGUAAAUCAGCUGGUCCUUACCAAUUAUUAACCUUUGUUUAUGUUGUAGUAAAUUUCUGCAUUUGUGUUCAUUGGUCGUGUCUUAUGGUUUUAAGAGUUGUAUGUGACGCUGGAACGGUAGAGUCUGGGCAUUGUGUGUAUAUAUUCUCUGUUUGAAUGUGUGAGAAGAAUGAAGGAAAUUAGAAUGGAUUGGAAAUCUGCUGAACAGUAUUUAAUUAGUGUAAAUUACUUUUGGUUCCA